AUGAACGUCACUUUAAUCAGUUUAGAAGCGUUAAUUUUAAAAGCUACUCACGAAUCUCUACCAUGUCCGGACGCUGCGGCGUUGGAGGCCUUUUGUGCAGUGAUGAAGGAUGCUACGGAAGGGGCGCAGCUGGCGGCACAAGCUCUGGCGGCCCGCAUACACACUCCUAAUGCUCGCGAAGCUCUGCUCGCUCUCUCGAUGCUAGAUCGCUGCAUGCGACGUUGUGAUGCCGGUUUCCACGCAGAAGUCGGCAAAUUUCGCUUCCUCAAUGAGAUGAUUAAGUUAGUUUCGCCUAAAUAUUUUGCUGAUCGAACUUCCCCUGAAGUACGGACAAGGGUUUUACAAUUACUUCAUGCAUGGUCAAUUGAGUAUCCAAAGGAGUCUAAGUUUAAAGUUGCAUAUGAUAUGCUGAAGAACCAAGGUGUGGUGAAGGAGACGCCCCCUCCUUUACCUCCUGAAGAUGUGGUGCCUCCUCGUAAUAGAGCCAAGAAUGCAAUCUUUGAAGAUGAGGAGAAGUCUAAAUUGUUACAAAAAUUGCUACAGAGCAAAAAGCCUGAAGAUCUCCAACACGCUAACAGGCUCAUCAAAACUAUGGUUAGAGAAGAAGAGCGUCGUAAUGAAGAAAGCAGUCGUCGCGCCCAAGAAGUGGGCAACGCUUUAGAUAGCGCAGAACUACUUAAAGAACUGCUUGCAAACGCUGAAGAUGCAUCUCCAGAGGAAGAACAGUUGAUACAUGAGCUGCACAUGUCUUGUGGGACUUUACGCUUGGCACUUCAACGUCUGGCUGCCUCGGAGUCCCAGCCUGACUGUCUCAGUGAGUGGACCGAUGAUAUACUACACGCCAGCGAAGUUUUAGACGAUGUUUUCGAGAAGUACGACGCAUAUUCCAAGUUUACAAAGGAAAAGAAGAAAAAUCCAAAUGCCAAAAUUUCUAGCACGGAUCAAGCGCAAAGUUCAAAUAGCGAUAGCUUACUGGAUUUCGCUGGCAACUUGGGGAAGGGAGAUGACGUCACAGUGCUCCCUGGCAGUUCCAAAAAUACUACUAUUGAUGAACUAGGUGAUAUCUUCUCGACUGGAAGUGAGACAAGUAUUGUGGAACCGCUCAAACCUGUCAACUUGAUGCCUAGUGAGGAUGUAGAUCUUCUAGGAGACAAACCCAGUAAAGCUGAAGGAUGGAAUGAACUGGAUUCGCUUGGGGAACAACUCAUCAAACAGUCCCUACCUGACCAUAUCAAGCGGCUGGAAGGAUUCAAUGGUAAAACAUUAAAGAAAAUACCAAUGAACGCAUUAUCUUCACCUAAACAUGAGGUCGCGCCGACAACAACAACAACAAACGGCGCUCUCUUCGACUUAGACUUUUUCACCAAAAAGCCGGAGGAGCAGUCCAAACCUGCGGAGCCAGCUAAAGUGUUGAGCAAGCCAUCAUCACCGCCUGAUGACGUCAUAGUAGACAUUACUGACGGGCCGAGCACCUCAGCUGCUACUACAAACCUUACUGAAUCUCCCGUUGACAACAUAUUGGACUUAAGUAUAUCUCCAGAAGAAAAUAAACCUAAGAACGCAUCCCCUACUAAAAGUAUCGAAUCUACUGAAGAAAAGAGAGAAAAGACUAAAAUUGAAGUGAAACCGUUGACGGAUAUAGACGUAUCCUUGUCAAAUGUAACCCCGAGCAAUGUUCCUCCAAUGACGAUAUUUGAAGAACAAAACGGUCUGACAGUAGUGUUACACUUCUGCCAAGAUAAACCAAGGCCUGACGUCAACGUUGUAGUGAUAUCUACGACGAACAAAAAUAAGAAGCCUAUUGUAGAUUUUAGGUUUCAAGGUGUGGUUCCUAAGUGUUGUAAAGUUCGUCUGCUAACGCCGUCGGGUACGACUCUGCCCCAGUACAACCCGUUUCUCCCGCCGCCGGCCAUCACGCAGGUCAUGCUGAUAGGCAGGCCUGCGUCCAAGCCAUCAGUCGACCUUCGGUUCGUCAUCUCUUACACGUGUGAUGACGACACCUGCUCAGAGAUCGGCGACGUCAAAGAUCUGCCAUUAGACCAAGUAUAG